ACACGUUGUUUACAUAUGGCGUUACCGAAGCGUCUAUCAUUCGUACACGCAUAUUUAUUUAGUAGAAACUUGCCUUUAUGUACUGUUCCUUUCGGAUAUAGGACCUUUUCGUCGCACGACAACCCACUGGGCGUAAAGGGUGGAAAUGUUUCUCCUGCGCAAGACAGGGCGAAGAGGGGUCUUCCUAAGAAAUUUCCAGUCGCGGGGGUUAAGCACGUUGUACUCGUUGCAUCCGGCAAAGGAGGUGUCGGAAAGUCCACAACGGCAGUGAACUUGGCCCUGGCAUUGUCACAAGCUGAACAGAGGUGCUCCGUUGGUCUACUGGAUGCUGAUGUGUACGGCCCGUCGAUACCACGAAUGAUGAAUCUGAGUGGCGAACCAGAAGUCACAAGCCAAAAUCUAAUAAAGCCUCUAGUCAACUACGGAAUUAAGUGCAUGUCAAUGGGAUUUCUCGUUGACGAGAGAUCCGCCAUUGUUUGGAGGGGACUCAUGGUGAUGUCUGCCAUAGAAAAACUUCUUCGACAGGUAGUGUGGGGACCACUUGACUACCUCGUUGUCGAUAUGCCACCGGGAACGGGUGAUACCCAGCUGUCUAUCUCGCAGAAUAUUCCAGUCUCAGGUGCAAUCAUAGUGACUACGCCGCAGGCUGUAGCUCUGACGGAUGCACGGAAAGGAGCUGAAAUGUUUGCCAAAGUGAACGUUCCUGUGUUGGGACUGGUGCAGAAUAUGAGCAGUUUGAAAUGUACCAACUGCGGCCAUAAGAUGCACGUCUUUGGGAAAGAUGGCGCUGUGGAGCUGGCGAAGGAAAUGGGUCUCGAUAUAUUAGGGGACGUGCCACUAGACCUGGAGAUUAGAGAAACUUCCGACAGCGGACAGCCGAUUGUGGCAUCAAACAUCAACUCUGUUCUGGCUGAUGUCUACAGGUCAAUUGCCAGAAAGGUCAUUCAGAAGUUGCCCUAUUGAUUGGCCAUGGCUGCAGUAGGACUGUCGGCUUUACGUUGUGGAAAAUGUUUAUUUCUUCAAUAACACUUCGUCAGGUACCACAGUUCAACGUAUCACGACCACACAACGAGAAACAUCUGUGUUUGGUCCAUCGUGUUCCAGCUUUUCAUACUCUGCACUCUCCUCAGUCUGAGCAACAACAGGGGAAGUGGCUUUGGUAUUAGUACCUUGAGGAAGUGCCUUGAGGGAGUGAAGACGAGGUGACACUCACGAGUUCUGGUGCAUGAAGUAUGCUUCUAGAGAGUAAGAAUCGACAGAACUCUUGCACACCUCCAAGUUCGUCUUUGGGAAAUAAUGGAUGUAGGUAACACACAUCUCGUCCGUGAUUCCGAAGCCUCCCUGUGUUCAAACAACGGACCUUGUUAGCAGGUUUGCGUCAGUAAAAGUGCAGUGCCAGAAACAAGCCAAUAACGGGAUGGCUAUGCCACGUUUCAUUGGUCAGCGGAACGGCAGAAGAAUAAAUGAAAUAUAAACGAA